UCAAGGCUGAGCAGCAUGAAGGGGUGUCCACCUAACAGCAGGCUCCUCCUGCUGCUCCUGCUCCUGAGCCUGGACCCUGGAGCAGCACUAAUACUGCCGCCCAGCUCUACCUGCUGUACUCAGCUCUACCGACAGCCACUCUCAAACAAGCUACUGAGGAAGGUCAUCCGGGUGGAACUGCAAGAGGUCGAUGGGGACUGUCACCUGCAGGCAUUCGUGCUUCAUUUGGCUCGACGCAGCGUCUGCAUUCAUCCCCAGAACCGCAGCCUGGCUAGGUGGUUUGAGCGCCAAGGGAAGAGGUUCCAGGGGACUCUGCCUAACACAAUUUUGGGGCCUCUACGGAAGAUGAAUAAAAGCCCUCAAUAGCCCCAAUAAAGCAACAUUAAA